AUGUGCCAUCCCUGGUUAGCCACCACUUCGAUGUUCGAGCGCCGUGCAUUGAACGACCUUGGACGAGCAUAUUCAUCGAUCUGCGCCGCCGUCGGUUAUCGCCAAGUGAAACUUGAAAUUUCCCCCUUCUUCAGAAAACCUAAUUUGUGUUGCGCCGCCGCCCCCCUCUUCCGGCGGGUCGCCCUCUGUGGCCAUCGGGCCGAUCUUGGCGAGUCGUGGCUGAGAGCUGAUUUUUCAGCCCUCCCAGUUUCGGAUUCGACUGGGCCGAAGGUGGAGAUCACCGCCUUAUCUUCCCAAGCACCGGAGAGGUUGCCGGCCGCCGUGUCCAGCUCCAGCCUUGGGAGCCGUCAUGCCGCUUGA